CAUGCACAAACGACGCUCUGCUCUGGUCAUUCAGUCUCUUGCCGUUCGUGAGCGGAGCAGUAGUGGUGAUAGUUUGAUUAUGUCUGAAAUGUACAAACUAGGUGAUUUGGUAUGGGCGAAGAUGAAGGGAUUUUCACCAUGGCCAGGCCGGGUAUCCAUUCCUUCAAAGGAUUUGAAGAAACCAGGAAAUACUAAGAGAGGACCAGUACAAUGUAUUUUCUUCUUUGGAACUAAUAAUUAG